GUAUACUCGCCAGGUAGAUCCAUUCUUUCUUUUGCAGUGUGGCCAGCAACAUGCGCUUCCUGCACUUGAUCCGCCCAGUCAUGUGCGUGCUGCCCGAAGUGGCGCAGCCUGACCGUAAAAUCCCGUUCCGUGAAAAGGUCCUCUGGUCCGUCAUCGUGCUCUUCAUCUUUUUGGUGUGCUGUCAAAUCCCGCUGUACGGCAUUCAAAUGUCGAGAUCGAGUGAUCCGCUCUACUGGAUGCGUGUUAUCUUGGCAUCGAACCGCGGCACGUUGAUGGAAUUGGGUAUCAGUCCGAUUGUCACGUCCGGCUUGGUCAUGCAAAUGCUGUCCGGAUUGAAGAUGAUUGAGGUCGACCAAAGUUUGAAGGAAGAUCGCGCGUUGUUCAGCGGUGCGACGAAGCUGUUUGGGAUUCUCAUCACCGUCGGUCAAGCCAUUGCGUACGUUGCUUCGGGCAUGUACGGUGACAUUGGUGAAAUCGGUGCCGGGAACGCCAUCUUGAUCAUCAUCCAACUCUUUUUUGCCGGGAUCUUGAUCAUCAUUUUGGACGAAUUGCUGCAAAAGGGCUACGGUCUUGGGUCGGGUAUCUCGCUGUUCAUCGCCACAAACAUCUGCGAAAGUAUUGUUUGGAAGGCGUUCAGCCCUACCACCAUCAACACGGGUCGCGGUACUGAAUUUGAAGGCGCCAUCAUCGCCCUCUUCCACUUGCUUAUCACGCGCUCGGACAAGGCCCGCGCGUUGAAGGAAGCGUUCUACCGCCAAAACUUACCCAACUUGACCAACUUGUUUGCUACGUUGCUGGUCUUCUUCGUCGUGAUUUACUUCCAAGGCUUCCGUGUCGAUCUCCCCGUCAAGUACCAAAAGUACCGCGGCCAGCAGGGCACGUUCCCCAUCAAGCUCUUUUACACGUCCAACAUGCCCAUCAUUUUGCAAACCGCUCUUGUGUCCAACUUGUACUUUGUGUCGCAAUUGCUCUAUAAGCGUUUCGGUGGGUUCAUCCUUGUCCGAAUUUUGGGCACGUGGCAAGACGUGGAAGGCGGCGGCGGACAGUCGAUUCCUGUCGGCGGGUUGGCAUACUACAUGUCUGCCCCUCAGUCGGCGGCGCAAAUCCUGUACGACCCCCUGCGCUUUGUGAUCUACGUGAUCUUCAUUUUGGGGUCGUGCGCCAUGUUUUCCAAAACGUGGAUUGAAAUCUCAGGCUCGUCGUCCCGUGAUGUGGCCAAACAAUUGCGCGACCAACAAAUGGUCAUGAAGGGUCACCGCGAUGCCUCGAUUGUGCACGUCUUGAACAAGUACAUUCCCACAGCAGCCGCCUUUGGUGGUAUGUGCAUUGGCGCUCUCUCUUUGGUCGCCGAUUUGUUGGGUGCGAUUGGUUCGGGCACGGGUAUUUUGCUGGCCGUCACCAUCAUCUAUCAGUACUACGAAUCGUUCGCGAAGGAGCAAGCUGACGUGCCGUUGGCCAGCAUGUUCGGCUUCAACUAAGUAUAAAGCAACCCUCAAGAUGAAGACGGAUUGAACCUGGUUGAGUGUUGGAUUGCGAAGGUGAAGGCGAGGUCGCUUUGUACUGCGUGUUUUCUUCCAAGGACAUCCCCGCACAAGGCACAUGAUCUGGUGUGCUUGUUGCCGACCUCCAAAUUGUACAAUAGUAUAGCUGGAUAGAACCGGAGGACCUCAAAUUGGAUCGAUCGACCGUCAGGUGGCUUCCCGUCGCGCCUUUCAGCGGUGCUACGUCGGCCGAUCGGUUCUAGGUGUGCGAGAGAUCAACCAUUCCGAGGUACCCUCAACGUCAUCGAGUGAACUAAGACCAACCUAAUUCCAUCCCAUCUUCACUUGUCACUCCAAACGAGGCGUCGCAGUUCGUCCUGUCGUCGCCGCCUCCAUUCCACUGUUUUCC